UCGUCGCUCUCAAUUGUUCAAUUCGCCCAGUGAAACACAGAGCCCUCUCUCUUUUCCUAGAUCAUUCUUUCAAAAGGAUAAGAAAAAUAACCCUCUUUUUCGUUGUCAAAUUCUUCAAAUUUCUCAUACCAAUUGCUUAAAUUCUUCGUUUUGUCCCUCACCUUGACCACCCGUUUGCUCUUAUUUCUUCUUCAUUUCCGCAGCGUGUUAUUGUUCGAGCGUCGUUUCGAUUUUUAGGGUUUUUUUCGCUUUGGAGUCAGUGAAGAGGGCGAACCUACAAAACCCUUUUGUGGUUUUUCAUCAAGCUUCUGGAAACAGCGAUACCGACGGUAAUUGCUUUUCACAUGGAAGUAAAGUCUUAAAAAAGGGCAGUUUCAUUGUUGAUUAGCACAUUGGGCAGUCUAUUCAAGGUUUAUGCCUGUUAUCUAACUACACGGUGGCAUGGAGACGCAAAUUCAUCUACUUGAGCAGGAAGCUUAUUGUGCUGUAUUAAGGGCUUUUAAAGCUCAGUCUGACGCAAUUACUUGGGAAAAAGAAAGCUUGAUAACAGAACUGCGUAAAGAAUUGAGGGUAUCUGAUGAUGAACACAGAGAGCUACUGAACAAGGUCCAUAAUGACGAUACCAUCCGAAGGAUAAGGGAUUGGAGACAGGGAGGUGGAGGCCAAGUUCCCAGACAUGUAUCUGCUCAGUCUGUUGAUGUUCUUCCUAGUCCUACUUUCUCAGCUUCCCGGAAAAAACAGAAGACUUUCCAGUCUUACCCAUCAAUUGGUUCUACCGGAAAUAGGUCAUUCAAUAAUCGUGUCGUAUCCGGUGCCAUUUCGACAAAUGAGCCCGCUGAAGCGCUUGUCGGUAGAAAAGUAUGGACAAAAUGGCCUGAAGACAACAACUUCUAUGAAGCAGUAAUUACCCAAUACAACACAGAUGAGGGUCGACAUGCACUGGUAUAUGAUAUAAACACAGCAAGUGAGACUUGGGAAUGGGUUGACCUUAAAGAGAUUCCACCGGAAGAUAUCAGAUGGGACGGGGAGGAAGCGAGGGCGACUUUUAACGUAGGGCGCAGAGGUGGGCCAGUCCGAGGGAGUCGGAGAUCUCAAAGCCACGAUGGCGGUAGAGGGAGAGUUCCUUCGAAAACUCAGCCUAGGAGAGAGCAACAACAUUUACCAUCACAAAAUGGUGGUGGAGGCGGAGAAAAGUUCUCCGACGAUAUCGAAUUGUUCAACACUGAUGCACUUGUGACCGAGGUGGAGAGGGUAUUGGAUAAAACACAUCCCGACCCUUUGGAGCUCGAGAAAGCCAAGAAAAUGCUAAAGGAACAUGAACAAGCUCUUGUUGCGGCCAUUGCAAGGCUCGCCGAUCCUUCUGAUUCCAAAAGCGAGGGAGAACAACCGUAUCCGCAAGAGCUGCCAGUGCAGAGGGAUAACGUCUAGUAAGGAGGAUGGGGAGAGAGACGAGGAAUCAAUUCUUCUCAAUCACAAGCAUGAUGUCUCAACGUUUUCCUCUUUUGUGUCCCUCGAGUUCUUGGAUUCGAAUCCAGAAGGGUGCUGGGCAGAUGGAAGACGAUUGUUUUGUUAGUUGUGAUUCCUAAUGUAUGAAAGAUGUUAUAGGAUUGGCUGUAGGAUUUUUACCCUGUAAACAUGACGAUGCUUUCAAGUACAACAACUUGUGACCA